AUGGAGAACGACCGAGAAGAUGUAUAUACAUGUUUAAAUGAAGAAAAGGACAACAACUGCAAUAACAAGGUGAAAGAAGAAAGUAAUCACAAUAUUGUGACCAAUGAGGAAGGUUCCGUUAAUGAAGAAAACAGUACCAAAAGUGGGAAUGUUGAGAAAAUAAACGCUGAUGCAAAAGAUGGGCUGAAUGGUUGUGGUUCAGUGAAGAAACAAAUAGAUAUCGAGACUGGAGUGGUGGAACAAAAAUUUGCUAAUUGUGGGUUGCAAGAGAACCCAAAGGAGAAGGAGAUGGACAAUGAAAAUCAUGUGAAGGAUGUGGUAGAAAAACUUAAUGAAGAUGUUAAAGAGAAUAAUCCUGAAAAAAUCUGCAAGCUGAACUCGGAUGGUGCUGAAUGUGUUUCAAUAGAAGAAAAGACAAUGGAGACUACUCAAGUGGACCAUGCGAAACUUUCUUCAAAUGAACCCCCUCAAAGGCAGGAAAUGGAGCUUGACAAUGUUCAGCACGUUGAGGAUGUAGAAAUGAAUGAUGCGGCUAAUUUGGAUAAAGAUGAACAUGACCAAGAUAGUCCGAUGGGGCAAGGUGUGGAAACAGCUCUUCCUACUGAAACUGAUGGGAAUGACCAGACUGAUGUAGUUGCUGCCAGAAAUGAAGGGGAUGAUGCUUUGCGGCUGAACAAGCACGAAGCUGCUAAAAUAGAUUCCCCUGGCGUAAAUUCUCCUGAAAAGGUUGAAGACAUGAGUGGAGAUACCUUCAAGUCUUUUUCUACUCAAUCAACACUGCCUUGGAUGGGAGAAGGCGAUGAUGGAACACUAGAGGAUCAAAUUGCAUUCGUGAAGGAACUUGAGAGUUUUCACAGGGAGAAGGCACUAGACUUCAAACCUCCCAAAUUUUACGGGCAGCCACUAAAUUGCCUAAAGUUAUGGAGGGCGGUGAUUAAGUUGGGAGGCUACGACACGGUAUGCGUGUCUUAA